AUGGAACAGAAUGGCGCAGGUAGCAAUGGGCAGCAGGAGACGAAGACGCCGACACAGACGAAGCCAGACGGCUCAGGCUCAGGCUCGCCCGCAACGUCUGCCUCUGUCUCGGCCUCUGCCUCUGCGACGCCCAAAGGUGCGAGUACCAAACGGAGGAGAAAGGUGAACCACGGUACACAACCUUCUAUUUCAAUUUUCCCCUGGGCUGGUCCCCUGCUGCUCUGUCUGAAACAUUCGCUGAUCUUGGGUCAUGUUCCUGCAGCUUGUGUCUAUUGUCGGCGAUCUGUAAGUUUUGCAUUGGGUUGAAAUACCAGAGGGAGCAUUGGUUGCUGCACCUUGCGCAGAAUUGUUUGGCAGAAGCUAAUUUGAUCUGGGACCUGGCCAGCAUAUGACAUGCGACUUGGUACGACCUCUUUUCCAAUAAAUGCAGCCACUCGUGAUACCCAGUGUUCUAUGACUAACUUCGUUCUGUCGCACAGGAACGCCCAUGUGCGCGUUGUAUAAAGCGAAAUAUUGGGCAUCUUUGCCAUGACGAACCCCGCGAACCGGAAUCGGCCACGAAGAAAUCCAAAAAGCAACAUAAUCACUCGACCCUCGAAGACGAUGACGCGGCGGCGGAUCAACUUAAAACUGACGGUGGUAUGAGCAAUUCAGUCGAAAGGCCGCAAGAACAACUACCGCCGUUGGAAACCUCCCUCGCAAUUGGGACCACUGCACUCUCCCAAGCUACGCCUUUACAGCUCGUUCAACCGACGCCUGUCUCGGGGAUCCAAGCAAAUGCUCUCAGCAAUAGUGGCAAUCAGUGUAAGUCACCAAAUGCCAGCCUGGACAAAGUGGGCAAAGAUUAAUGGGAGCACAUAGUCAUCGGAUAUCAAAACGACUGGCUUGGAACACAGAACCCAUUCCAAGAUAUGCAUAACUACCACCCCUCUUAUAUGUUCAAUGCCCCCGAGGUCACGACCGAGUAUAAUCUGUUGAGCGACUUUUUGAACAAUAGCCUACUGGAGGACGGAGCAUUACUUCCUGAAGAUACAACAAGUUUCCUCAGCAGCGACCAAACGGGUGCCAUGUUGCCAGGAAGACUGAAUAACACAGGCAAUGCACAGCAGCAUCCUUCAGGUCUAGGACCCCCUUCACAGUCAGGUUUGAUGGCGCGACCAGCGAGCGUGCCGGACAAAUCACGAGAAUACUAUCUUCAGGCGGCAGACCCAAGCGGCAAUGAUGCACCAGAAGAAAGGAUGCAGCGUGUUCUGCGGGCAAAGUAUGAUGCUGGUUUGUUGAAACCUUUCAAUUAUGUGAAUGGUUAUAGCAGGCUGUUGCGAUAUAUGGAUGGACAUAUGCACGCUGCUUCGAAGCAGAAGAUUCAGAGGCAAUUGGAGCAGUUCCGACCCAAGUUUCGGGAGAAGGUGCAGACACUGACGGAUAUUGAACUCAUUUAUGUGGAAAUGUGGUUUGAACGAAGUCUGAUGGAAUAUGAUCGAGUUUUUGCAAGCAUGGCUAUUCCGGCGUGUUGUUGGCGAAGAACAGGCGAGAUAUUCCGGGGAAAUAAGGAGAUGGCGGAGCUCAUUCAUGUGCCCAUAGAAAAGCUGAGAGACGUAAGAACCCCCCUUAUGCUUAAGCGGAGAAUGCAUGCUUACCACUGAUGACGUAGGGCAAAAUUGCAUUGCACGAGAUUCUUACAGAAGAAUCACUUGUACAUUACUGGGAGAAAUUUGGAGCUAUUGCGUUUCAAACACAGCACGAUGCUCUUUUGACGUUUUGUUCUCUCAAGAAUCCGGAUGAUAAAUCUAAGGAUCCAACGAUUAAAUGUUGUUUUUCAUUCACGGUCAAGCGAGAUGAUCAUAAAAUGCAAGUUCUCAUCUUUCCUACCAAUUUGGAAUGUGCUAACCGUCUCAUUAGACCCUCUCUGAUCAUUGGCAAUUUUCUGCCUCAGGAUCCAGUCAAACAUUAA